ACCUGGCUGGCAGCUCUAAAAGAUAGUACCUCAGCCAAUUAUAGAGCAUCAUACUGUGAGUGUACUAGAAGCACUUUCUAAAUCUGGAACAGAACAAAGUAUUCCAACAACAAUGGAAACUGCAGUAGCCAUCUCUCUCACUCUGUUCAUACUCUCAGGUAUCUGUGCUGCUCAGGGUCUGUUUCCACAAGGUUCUGUGAAUGGAGCAGAAGGAGGGACAGCGAUGUUCAUCACAAAUCUAAUCCCACCAGCCCAGCCGUUCAUAACAAUAUCCUGGAGUGUUGGUGGAGCCAACAUUAUAACCUCUACCGGUGAUGACUCUAUAGGGCCUGGAUACGGAGACAGGAUCACUCUGAACAAAACUACUGGAUCUCUGGAGCUCAGGAAUCUGACCCUGGCUGACAGUGGAGGAUACAGAGUGGCUAUAACAACAGCUACAGCAGAAACAAUCAAUGGAUCAACUGAACUGGUUGUGUAUGAGAAUGUUUCUGAUGCCAACAUCACAGGACCAUCAAACCAUCUGUUUGCAGAUUGGAGCUCCGCCAACUUAACCUGUGAGGCUGCUGGUAACAUCACUACUAUACAAUGGACGAAGGAAGGUCAGCCUCUGUCUGCUGGUGGCAAUAUAUUAUUCUCAGAGGAAAACAGGAAAGUAUCCAUCAGUCCUGUGAAGAGACACGACAGCGGAGAAUAUGUGUGUAAACUCACCAACCCUGCCAGCUCUGCUACUGCCUCCUAUAGAAUGAUAGUGAACUAUGGACCAGAUUCCAUGACCAUCCUGGGCCGACACAUCGCUGAGGUGGAGUCAUUCACCCUUAUUUACUGCUCUGUUCAGUCUGUACCGCCUGCUACGUUCACCUGGUUGUUCAAUGGGCAGCAGACAGGUGUACAUGAAGCUGGAUACAUCAUAAGGAGCGUCAGCUACAACAACAGUGGGGACUACAGAUGUGAUGCUCGGAAUGAUCUCACCGGAAAUGUUAUCAGUGUGGACCAUAGUCUGUCAGUGAAAGAUAAAACCCCUCCACCCCUAAGCCCAGAGGGAGCAGCAGGUAUAGCAGUCGCUGUGAUGUUGGUAGUGGUUGCUGUAGCUCUUGGUCUCUAUUUCGGCAUAACUCAUCAACGGAACAAUUCCACAAAUACUACUGAGACAGGAACCAGCCUUGCACCUGACACCAGCCAUGGACCAGAAGCUAAAGGUGGUCGUGUGUAUGAGAAUGUAGGACCUCCAUUACCACCUCCAAGAGGCUCCAACAUAUACAACAGAAGUUUAAAGUGAGCAGCUGAUUUCAACUAAUCUUGCACAGUUGGAGAUGGAUUCACCCAUCAAGUUUUACACCGUAAUCAAAUAAAUGCAGAGAGGGCAAACAUUCACUGGAGGACCAGCCAAGAAGACGAGAAACUAGACCCUACUGGACUCCACUACUGAGUAGACACUGGUCUUUGUACUGUACAGCUCAGCCAUCCAGCUAUGUAUACAGUACUUGCUCAAUGUAAAUAUGGAAUAGGCAACUAUAGAGGACAAAUUAUAUCCUCUUAAAUUGCACACACCAGUUGAGGUCUGACUAAUUGGAAUCAGCUUUCUCUGGUCAGUGUCAUCAAUAGGGGCGUUUUCAGAGAAACCUCCCCUACUGAAACACAUUUCGCAACAGGUAACAGCAACUUUUUUUCCCACUGAAAGGACAAAGAUGAGAGGCAGUUUGCGUAAUCCUGUUAUGCUUGCUGAAUCCUCACAAACCUAGUGAGGACUAGACUGCCUAUGUGGCUCUGGCCAAAAGAAGUGCACUAUAUAGUAUGUGAAAUAUUAACUGAAAUUCCAAUAAAAGAAUGGUGUUAAAUGUUG